UUUUAAAUAUAAUGCAGAAAUAAGUAUAAAAGAUUAAAAAAAAAAAAUUUACUAAUUCAUCAAUAGAAUAUAUAAAAAAAUAUAAAAAUGAACAAAAUGUAAACUCUUUAUCAAGUAAUAUAAUUAGUUUGAAAGAUUUGGCAGAUGGCACAUGGCUAUGGAGGAAAAACCAAAAGACUCAAAUACAUAAAAAAUGUAAAAAUAAAAUGUUGAAGAGACAAAAACAAAAGCAAGAAAACAAAAUGAUAACAAAGGAAAAGAUGUUUCAAAUAAUUGAAGCUGAAAUUCCGAAAUCAAUAGAGGAGAAAGUAGAGGGUAUAUUGAUUGAAACUAAUAAGAAACAAAUGGAAUCUAUUAAGCAAGAAGAUCAUAAACCAAUAUAUUUUAAAAAUCAUUGUGUCAGUGAUAAUGAUUUAGAUUAUUAUGAUAAUAUCCACCUUAAAGAAGCAAGAAAACGUAUUAUUGGAAGAUUACGAAAAUUAGAAGAUUUUAAUGAACUAGUAAUGGAGUUGGAAAUAGAAAUUAUCGACACUUAUAAACAAUUUCUUAUAAGACCUUUGCUUGAGGAGCAUCCAUUAAUAAUACGCGCGCCUGUUCCAUGGCAUCAAUAUAAAUUAACUGCAACUCAUUUUAUGCAUUAUAAUUUAUUUAUUGGAAAUGAAAUAUUGAGAAAUAUUCAAAGUUUAUAUUUUAAUAAAUAUCAUGAUGUAAUGAUAAUCAAACUUCAAGAUCUGGGAACCAUUCCUAUUUCAGCAAAUGAAAUAGAGCCGAAAAUGAAUUUAUUAUCUAAUAAAGCUGUAGAUCGACUUAUUAAACAUUGGCUGGCGGAGGUUGCUGAAUUCUUCUUAGAGAAGAAAUAUGCUUGGUCUUGUUUUAUUGAAAAACAUUAUAAUGCAUCUACAGCGCUGAUAGAGAAAUAUUUUAGAAGCGUAAAUACUCUUUUAUCUAGACAAUUACGAAUGAUGAUAAUGAAAACGUUGAAUAAUUUUAGAGAUUUUUUUAUGGAAUAUAGCAAAGGAAAUUAUUUUAAAGGUGAUUACAAGGAUCUUAUGUUUUACAAAACCCCCUUUAUAACAGUAAUAGUAGAACCAAUACUUGGUACAGGUAAAUUACAUUGUAAACCGAAUAUUUUAGAAGUACGUUCAAUUAUUUCACAGUGUUUUGAUAAAAUUAUUGGAAUUGGAACAAUGAUUCCAAAAAUUGAAACCAUUUUAUUUCCUGAAUUAGAGAAGCAGGAGUUUUUAUUCUCUAUAUCGCGAUACGAAGAAUCGGUUUCAAGCAUAGUUUCUGAUGUACUAAAUGUUAUCAAUGCUCAUAUAAAGGGUCCACAAAUUUAUUUAAAAUGUUAUCAAGAUUUGUUGUAUAUAGUCGAUGGUCAAGCUAAACAAAAUUUAGACCAGUUUUUUAUCAUUGAACCCAUGCCGUAUUUGCAUGAAUUUGAACAAAAAAUAAAAGGCUACGAUCAGAAAAGAAAAGAAAUUUUAGUGUUUCGUAACAAGAUACCUUUGAACUUGAUAGAAAUCGACUGUACUACUCUAAAUAACACUUUAAGGCAAAUUCUUUACGAUCUUCGUACUGAAAUUUGUGAUUUCUUUGCAAACGAGUUACGAACCAACAAUCGAGAUUUAUGCUCCAAUUUUGAUACAAUAGCAGAAAAUAUCUCGAAAAUGCCAGAAAAAACGCAAGACGUCGUCGAACUGUACAAUUACUUGUGCGAAAGCCGAGAUGUCACCAUAUUCAACUUGAAAAGAAAAUUAUUACGUUCUAUAGAAUUAAUUUUAUUCCUUUUUAAUUAUCAACCGCCCACGGACGACGACAUUCACUUAAAUACUCGCGUCAUCACGUGGCCGAAGGAGAUGGAAGUCGUGAUGGAUCUAGCGAGCACAAGAUUAAACAUGAGAAAAGAAUAUCUCGAAGAAGUAUUACGCAUAAGAAGGGACAAUUUUGAACUAAGGAUACAUAAUAUGCGACUAGCGAUCGAUCAAUUUAAAAAGAAGGAUCCACCAAUAUUAACUAUGGAGGAGAUGGAGGACGCGGUAUCGCAAGUUGAACAGCUUUCUAGAGGUAUGGAAGAGAUUAGGAAAGAAGUGGAGGAGAUCAAUGAGCAAGAAGGACUUCUAGACAUGGAGUUAAGUCCCUAUUUAAUAAUUCCCAUGAUGUCUACGACAGUUAGUGCACUCGAUACUCUUUGGCACACAGUAUUAGAUUUUCAUAAGAAUUAUGACAAGUGGCAUAAUGGUCCAUUUAUCGGUCUCGAUGCCGACGAAAUUAAGGACGAAACUGACAACAUCUGGCGCACGUUAUACAGAUUGGCACGCGUUCUUGUCGACAUUCCAGGUGCACGGAAAAUCACCGAAAUGGUUCGCGCGAAGGUGGACAAAUUCAAGCAGUAUAUCCCCCUUUUACAAAUUAUUUGUACUCCUGGAUUACAAGACCGACAUUGGAAACAGAUUAGCAGAGUAGUGAACGUGUAUAUAACAGUAACGCCUACGAGUUCUCUGGCUGAUAUGAUAGAGUUGGGAUUGUUACUUCAUAUAGCUAAACUCGAGGAGAUAUCGUCUGCUGCUGUGAAAGAGCACGCGCUUCAACAAAGCUUGCAGAAGAUGAAAGAAGACUGGGCAGACAUUGAAUUCCAAUUCGUACUCUACCGAGAAACCGGUGUUCAUAUAUUAACCGCUAUAGACGAUAUUCAUCAGUUGUUGGACGAUCAUAUUUUAAAAGCGCAGACAAUGAGAAGUUCUCCAUUUAUAAAAGCUUUCGAAGUGGAAAUGCAAGCUUGGGAGAAUAAAUUACUGCAAAUGCAGGAUAUCAUUGAUCAAUGGUUAAUGUGUCAAGCAACCUGGAUGUAUUUGGAGCCAAUAUUUAGCAGCGAAGAUAUAAUGCGUCAAAUGCCGACCGAGGCGAAACAUUUCAGAAGGAUGGACAAGAUUUGGCGUAAAAUCAUGGUGUACGCUGUCCAAAAUAGUCACGUACUCGAUGCUACCGGCAUGCCAAAUAUAUUGGAGGAGUUAACGCUAUGCAACACGUUGCUGGAAGAAAUACAGAAAGGAUUAAACGAAUACUUGGAGAAGAAACGUUUAUACUUUCCAAGGUUCUUCUUCUUGUCGAAUGACGAACUGUUAGAAAUACUCUCGGAAACUAAAGAUCCGCAGAGAGUACAGCCACACUUGAGGAAAUGCUUCGAGGGUAUCAGUAAAUUGCGAUUCACCAAAGAGGAGGAAAUUAUUGGAAUGUUAUCGGACGAAGAGGAAUACGUUCCGCUAAGCGGGAAGAUUUAUCCAGCGGACGCAAAAGGCAUGGUUGAGAAAUGGUUGUCUCAAGUUGAGGAACUUAUGAGAGCCUCCCUUCGAGACAUUGCCGAAGAAAGUAUCGUCGCUUAUUUCAUCACCGACAGAGGAGAAUGGAUAUUCUCCUGGCCUGGUCAGAUCGUUAUUUGCUGCAGUCAAAUACAUUGGACCAGCGAAGUUUGCGAGUCGUUCGAGGAUCGUUCUACUGCUUCUUAUUUACAGAUAUGCAACAGUCAAAUAGAAGAAACGGUCACGUUGAUAAGAGGGAAAUUGAACCCGGGCGCGAGAAUAACAAUAAAUGCUUUAAUCGUGAUAGACGUCCAUGCACGAGAUGUAGUACGUUUGCUCGUUGAUAAACAAGUGAGUGACAUCAUGGAUUUCGAUUGGAUAUCACAACUGAGAUAUUACUGGUUGGACGAUAGUAUUGUCGUCUCGAUAGUCACGACCAUUGUAGCGUAUGCCUUCGAGUACCUUGGGAACACAUCAAGACUUGUCAUAACGCCAUUAACUGAUCGAUGCUACAGAACUUUAAUGAGCGCGUUAAAAUUGAACCUUGGCGGUGCGCCCGAAGGUCCGGCAGGUACUGGUAAAACAGAAACAGGUAAAGAUCUUGCAAAAGCUGUGGCCAAACAGUGCGUGGUUUUCAAUUGUUCGGAGGGGCUGGAUUAUCAAGCGAUGGGCAAAUUUUUCAAAGGGCUUGCGCAGUCGGGAGCGUGGGCAUGUUUCGACGAAUUUAACAGAAUAGAUCUGGAAGUUCUUUCCGUGAUUGCUCAGCAGAUCUUGACCAUUCAAAUGGCUGUAAGUUUAAAAUUGGAAAAGUUUAUGUUUGAAGGUACGGAGCUAAAAUUAAAUCCUACCUGCUACGUUAUUAUAACGAUGAAUCCUGGUUAUGCUGGACGCGUGGAACUUCCCGACAAUUUAAAGGUUCUGUUUCGCACUGUGGCAAUGAUGGUGCCGGAUUAUGCCAUGAUAGGAGAAAUUACAUUGUACUCCUUCGGUUUCAUAGACGCCAAGAAUCUUGCCGAGAAAAUAGUCCACACUUACAAACUAUGUUCUGAACAAUUAAGCUCGCAAAAUCAUUACGAUUACGGAAUGCGAGCUGUGAAAACUGUGCUGGUCGCUGCUGGAAAUCUAAAGUUGAAAUAUCCCAGGCAGAAUGAAUCGGUUUUGAUCCUACAAGCGAUCAUCGAUGUCAAUCUUCCGAAAUUUUUGGCUCACGACAUCCCUCUGUUCAAUGGAAUAUACACAGACCUAUUUCCUGACACCAGUUUACCAGAGCCACAUCGAGACGAGUUAAUAGAGUUGGCCAAGGUUGUUUUGGAGAAGCGAAAUCUCCAAGCUACGCCUUGGUACAUGGAAAAGAUAAUCCAAAUUUACGAGAUGCUGUUGGUGCGUCACGGUUUGAUGAUCGUGGGCAAUACGUUAAGCGGAAAGACGCAAGCGUAUCAAGUUCUAGCCGAAGCUUUAAGCGAGCUAAGCGGCAGAAGACGCGCUGUUAUGAAAGAAUUUUCAACAACUUACAAGAUCAUUAAUCCGAAAGCUAUUACUUUGGAUCAGCUGUAUGGCAGUUUCGAUCCAAUAUCGCACGAAUGGAGUGACGGAGUUUUAGCCAACAUUUUCAGAGAAUUCGCGCAAUCUAUUUCGCCAGAUCGAAAGUGGAUCAUUUUCGAUGGUCCUAUCGAUGCUCUAUGGAUCGAAAGUAUGAAUACGGUGCUUGAUGACAAUAGGAAGCUUUGCCUGAUGUCCGGAGAAAUUAUACAAAUGUCGCAUAAAAUGAACAUGAUGUUUGAACCAGCUGAUUUGGAGCAUGCCUCGCCAGCUACAGUUAGCAGAUGCGGCAUGAUUUAUAUGGAGCCGUCACAACUUGGAUGGAAUGCAUUAUUCGACUCAUACAAAAAGUAUCUUAAAAAUAAGCUCCUUGUCGAACAGUAUGAAUUGAUUGUCGAAUUGAUUGAGUGGUUGACGGAGCCAAUUCUGACUUUUGUUCAGCAUCGUUGUAAGACAUUUGUUGAAAUAUCAGAGCUUCAUAUGUUUUUAUCCUUUACAAAACUUUUCACCGCAAUGUUGGACGGAGAAACACAAGUUAGCACAAUUUGGCUUCAAUGCGUUUUAUUAUUUAGCAUCGUUUGGGGAAUGUGUUCAACGUUAACAAGCGAUAGCAGAAAGAUUUUCGAUGUUUAUUUAAGGAAAUUAUUACUUGGAACUGACGAUGAAUAUCCUAAACCAAAAGCAUUUAAACUGACGAAACAACAGCUUUUUCCUGAUAAGGGAACUGUUUAUGACUGGAUAUAUGAUAAAAGAAAUAAUGGAUGCUGGAUACCGUGGAUGGACACAGCGUUACAGGCGUCUUUAUUACCAGAUGCAAAAUCAAGUGAAUCAAUUGUACCAACAACUGAAGUAGUAAUCCAAUAUUUCUUUAUCAGAAAUCUUCUUCACAGAGAAAUACCUAUUUUAUUUGUUGGACCAACUGGCACCGGGAAAUCCGUUAUUGUACUAAAUUAUUUGCAGUCUCUACCCAGAGACAAAUAUAUAGAGAAUAUCGUAAACUUUAGCGCUCGCACCACUGCUGCUCUAACUCAAGAGAUAAUAAUGUCCAAGCUAGAUCGUAGAAGAAAAGGUGUAUACGGUCCACAAAUGGGGAAAAAGUGCGUAAUAUUCGUUGAUGAUUUAAGCAUGCCGCUGAAAGAACAAUACGGUGCUCAGCCACCAAUUGAACUCAUUCGUCAAUGGGUGGAUCAUGGACACUGGUUUAAUCUAAAAGACACAACAAUGUUAUACUUGGUGGAUAUGUUUCUGAUUUGUGCUAUGUUACCACCCGGAGGUGGUUCAAACGUGGUCACACCUAGAUUAACACGACACAUGCACAUAGUUGGUAUCGAUUUUUUCGAAGAGGUGACCAUGACCAAAAUUUUCUCUUCGAUUCUUGAUACACACUUUGCAAAAGGAUUUUUACCAGAGGUCUCAAGAUUAGGAAGAAUGAUCGUAACCGCGACGAUGAAUAUAUUUCUCAACGCGAUCAAAACCUUUCUACCGAUUCCAGCGAAAAGUCAUUACACCUUUAAUUUGCGCGAUUUCAGCCGGGUUAUUAAGGGUAUACUUUUGGUGCCAGCUCCCAGGAUGAAGGAUCCAGACAAGCUGAUUAGACUUUGGGUUCACGAGGUGUACAGAGUGUUUCAUGACAGACUGGUAGAUGACAACGACCGAGAAAUGUUGUUUGAAAUGGUUCAGUACACCUGUUACGAUCAAUUGCGACAACCGCUGAAAAAAGUACUUGGUAGACUGUUGCAAGAAGGAGAGACGAUAACAAGUUCCCACAUGUGUGACCUAUUUUUUGGUAAUUAUAUAGAACCCGAUGCCGAGCCAAAAGUAUACGACGAAGUAGAAGAUCUCGAAGAUUUGCAACACAAGAUGGAUUAUUACUUAACGGAGUACAAUAUGCUUUCCAAGACACCAAUGUCCCUGGUACUAUUCAGAUACGCUAUUGAACACAUUUCUCGCAUUUCACGGAUACUGCAGCAAGAAAGUGGACAUGCCCUUUUAAUAGGAAUGGGUGGCUCGGGUAAAAGUUCGUGCGCCAAACUAGCGACAAACAUGGCCGAAUAUCUGAUAUAUCAGGUUGAAAUUACUACAACUUACGAAUUUUCGGAAUGGCGGGAGGACUUGAGGAAGUUGUUGCUACGCGUUGGGUGCGAUGGAAAACCCACUGUAUUUCUUUUCGGCGAUCAUCAAAUAAGAGACGAAUCUUUCAUCGAGGAUAUAAAUAUGGUCCUCAAUACGGCCGAUGUGCCAAAUUUAUACGACAUUGAGGAGAAAGCUGAGAUUCUGGAUAAAAUGACGAACGUAAUGCACAGCAUCAGUGGGCGAAAAGUUGAAAUUACUCCUAUGAUUCUUUACAAUUUGUUCCUCGAGAGAAUAAUGAAAAAUCUCCACUGGAUUUUAACGAUGUCACCAAUAGGUGACAAAUUUAGAAACCGUCUGCGGAUGUUCCCCUCGCUGAUAAACUGUUGUACUAUCGACUGGUACACCAUUUGGCCCGAGGACGCGCUGGAAAAGGUAGCGCGUGUAUCGUUGCAGAAUGUUAACAUCAGUGCGGAUCUACGAGAGAAAUGUGUCUAUAUGUCCAAAAAAUUCCACACGAGUAUCGCGUUGGCUAGCGAAGAUUACUACAACACCCAAGGAAGAAGAUACUACAUAACACCGACCAGUUUCCUAGAGCUCAUCAAAUCGUUUUGCAGGCUGUACGACAAGAAAAUCGAAGAAAUCACCGCGCAGCAAAUGCGAUACGAAAGGGGAUUGGAAAGGUUGGAUUUUGCGGCGGAUCAAAUAGCUGUUAUGAAGGAAGAGCUUCAAGCCUUGCAACCAAAAUUGCUGGAGCAGUCUGAAUUAAGUAACAAGCUUAUGGUCAAAAUCGAGCAGGAUACGAUCAACAUCGAGGCCAGAAAGGAGAUCGUUGCUGCUGAGGAAGCUCUAGCAAACGAGGCUGCUGCCGCUGCGCAGGCGAUAAAAGACGACUGUGAGAGCGAUUUGGCCGAGGCAACACCUGCGUUAGAGGCUGCUUUAGCUGCGCUGGACACUCUGAAACCCGCGGACAUCAGUAUCGUCCGAUCAAUGAAAAGUCCACCGGCAGGCGUGAGAUUGGUGAUGGAGGCUAUUUGCAUCUUGAAAGGGGUCAAACCUGAGAAAGUCCAGGAUCCGACAACCGGCCGAAUCGUGGAAGAUUACUGGCCAGCAUCUAUAAGGCUGUUAGGCGACAUGAGGUUCCUCGAGGGUUUGAAAAACUUCGACAAAGACAACAUACCACCGGCGUACAUGAAGAUAAUUCGCGAGAGAUUUAUAAACGACAGAAGCUUUCAACCGGAGGCUAUUAAGAAGGUCUCCACUGCCUGCGAGGGUCUAUGCAAGUGGGUACGAGCGAUCGAAGUUUACGACCGAGUGAUCAAAGUCGUUGCCCCGAAGCAGGCGAUGCUGGCAGAAGCCGAAGCAGCUCUCGCCAAGCAGAUGGAGGCUUUGAACGCCAAACGAGCCCUCCUUCAGGAAGUUACGCAGAAAUUGCAAUCGCUCAACGACGAAUUCGCCGAGUGCAUGAGAGAGAAGAAGAAGUUGGAGGAUCAAAUCGACUAUUGUAAGAAAAAAUUGGACAGAGCCGAGAAACUGCUUGGCGGUUUAAGCGGUGAGAAGAACAGGUGGCAGGAAACAGCCACGAUACUAGGCGCAAGCCUUAACAACGUUAUCGGAGAUGUUUUGUUGUCUUCGGGAGUAGUUGCUUACUUCGGUGCCCUCACGAUAGAGUACAGAAACAAAUUAAUCGCAGAAUGGCACGAAUCUUGCGUAAUGGCGGCAAUUCCGUGCAGGGAGAAAUUCAAUUUGAUCGAUAUUUUAGGCAAACAGGUGGAAAUUCGAGCGUGGAUAAUCUUUGGCUUGCCAGCAGAUCAUUUCUCCGUGGAGAAUGGAAUAAUUGUAAAGAACGCUGAUCGAUGGCCGCUCAUGAUCGACCCACAAAACCAAGCGAACAAGUGGAUAAAAAAUAUGGAGAAAGAAAAUAAUUUGACUGUUAUCAAGCUUUCUGACCCGAAUUAUGUGAAGAUAGUGGACACCUGCAUACAGCUUGGCACGCCUGUUCUGUUAGAAAAUAUUUUAGAAGAGAUAGACGCGAUAUUAGAACCAGUGCUUCUUAAGAAUAUCUACAAGGAGCGUGGCGUUUUCUACAUGAAAUUUGGCGAACAUGUGAUUGAAUAUAAUCCUGAUUUUCGAUUUUAUAUUACCACGCGUUUAAGAAAUCCACAUUAUUUACCAGAAGUGGUUGUGAAAGUGACGCUAUUGAAUUUCAUGAUCACGCCUCAAGGGCUUCAGGAUCAGUUGUUGGGCAUAGUUGUCGCUAAGGAAUUACCUGUGCUCGAGGAACGUAAGAACCAGUUAAUCGUAGAAGCUGCGAGUAACAAGAGAAUAUUGGAGGAAAUAGAGGAUAAAAUUUUAGAGGUUCUGUCCGCCUCGGAGGGCAAUAUUUUGGAGGAUGAAACAGCGAUUACGAUAUUAUCGACGUCGAAAGUACUGGCAGAGGACAUUGAAGCUAAACAAGAGAUAGCUGCUAAAACGGCGAUAGAAAUUGAUUACGCUCGUGACGAGUACAAACCUGUCUCGGAACAUGGUUCUGUGCUGUUCUUCUGCAUUUCCGAACUGGCAAACAUCGACCCUAUGUAUCAGUAUUCUCUACCAUGGUUCAUUCAUCUCUAUGAAAUGUCAAUAGCGAACAGUGAACGGGAUGAGAAUCUAAACGUCCGAAUAAACAAUUUAAACGCAUACUUUACAGCCAGCAUUUACAGAAACGUGUGUCGUUCUUUGUUUGAAAAAGAUAAACUGAUAUUCUCUUUUGUUCUGUGCAUUGGUCUCUUACGUGCUGAUAAAAAAGUAAACGAGGAAUUUUGGACGUUUUUAUUGGCAGGCGACGUAGCCCUAGAUAAUCCUUAUCCUAAUCCAGGCACCCCUUGGUUAACUGAUAAAUCCUGGAAUGAAAUAGUCCGAGCCACAAGUUUGCCGGGCCUUGAACAAUUAAGACAAUCUUUUGAAAUGCAAACAUCACAUUGGAAGGCUUACUAUGACUCGUCUAGCCCUCACAUGGAAUCUUUUCCACAUCCAUUUGAGAACGAAACUGAAAGCUUGAAAAAGCUGGUCAUACUCAAAUGCAUAAGACCCGAUAAAAUUGUGGCCGCUGUGCGAAUGUUUGUUAUACAUAACAUGGGCCAAUCUUUCGUGGAACCACCACCGUUUGAUCUUCAAGCGUGUUACAACGAUUCUAGCAACGUGACUCCUCUUAUUUUUAUUCUUUCACCGGGAUCCGAUCCAAUGGCAGGAUUGAUCAGAUUCGCAGAAGACUAUGGAAUAUCAAAAGAGAAUCUGAUGACUAUAUCAUUGGGGCAGGGUCAAGGCCCAAUCGCGGUGAACAUGAUAGAUAGAGGAAUAAAGAGCGGGGAAUGGGUAAUGCUUCAAAAUUGCCAUUUGGCAGUGUCUUGGAUGAAAGAAUUAGACAGAAUCUGCGACGAAAUAAUCAUACCAGAGAAUACCCAUUCGAAGUUUCGUUUGUGGUUGACCAGCUAUCCAUCGAAGGAUUUCCCAAUUUCUAUAUUGCAGAAUGGUGUUAAAAUGACUAACGAACCGCCAAAAGGGCUGAAGAACAAUCUACUGAGAAGUUAUAUGAACGAUCCAAUAUCGGAUCCAAAGUUCUUUGCCAGUUGUACCAAAAUACAUGAAUGGAGGAGUCUCCUUUUCGCUCUGUGUUUCUUUCAUGCAGUUGUUCAAGAACGACGUAACUUUGGGCCAUUGGGUUGGAAUAUUCCAUACGAAUUCAACGAAUCGGAUCUUCGCAUUAGUAUUUUACAGCUGCAGCUUUUUUUAAACGAUUACGACGAAAUACCGUUCGAUGCACUUCUUUACUUAACUGGUGAAUGCAAUUACGGUGGCCGUGUAACUGAUGAUAAGGAUAGACGUUUGCUGAAUUCAUUACUGAAGCAAUAUUACAAUAAUAAAGUUGUUACCGAUCCACAAUAUUGUUUCUCACGAAGUUGUAUAUAUCGUCUACCAGAAAAUACAGAUUAUCACGGAUGUCUAGAAUACAUUCGAGGUCUACCAAUGACACAACAGCCAGAAGUAUUUGGUUUACAUGAGAAUGCAGAUAUAACAAGGGAUAAUCAAGAAUCGUUGCAGCUACUUAAGGGAACUCUAUUAACUCAGACACACAUUAUUGGAGUGGGAGUUGAACGAGAGGUUGAUGACAUCGUCUAUAGUUUAUGCGAUGACAUUUUAUCUAAAUUGACGUUACGAUUCGAUGUCUUGGAAGUUUCUAAAAAAUAUCCAGUGCUCUAUAUAAAUAGCAUGAAUACGGUUCUCCGUCAAGAGCUCAUUAAGUUUAAUAAUCUCAUUGAUACUAUUAGAACUACUUUGGUAGAUGUGCAAAAAGCAAUUAAAGGAUUGGUCUUAAUGUCCUCCGAAUUGGAAGAAGUCUUUUUCAGCAUGAGCGUUGGCAGAGUGCCAGCUACUUGGAGUAAAAUGUCUUAUCCUUCUUUAAAACCACUAGGGAGUUAUAUCAAUAAUCUGCUAGAGAGAUUAGCAUUUUUCCAAGAUUGGAUAGAUCAUGAUGCACCAACUGUCUUUUGGAUAUCCGGCUUCUUUUUUACACAAUCUUUUCUCACGGGCGCCUUGCAAAAUUAUGCCCGCAAACAUAAAAUUCCAAUUGAUAAAUUAGAUUUUGAAUUUGAAAUAACUUCAUUUGAAAGUGAUGUAGAAACUGCACCGUCUUAUGGAGUUUAUAUAAGGGGUCUAUAUUUAGAAGGAGCAAGAUGGAACAGGCAAUUAAAAGAAAUGGAUGAGUCUGAACCAAAAAUUAUGUUUGAUUUACUUCCUGUAAUAUGGUUAAAGCCUGGCAUAAAAGCUGAAUUUAUUAUUGAAUAUGUGUAUCAUUGUCCUGUCUAUAAGACGAGCGAGAGACGUGGUGUUUUAGCAACCACUGGCCAUUCUUCCAAUUUUGUAUUAUAUAUUUUAUUUCCAACACACGUUGACGAAUCUCAUUGGAUUAGAAGAGGAGUUGCUUGCUUAUGUCAACUAGAUGACUAAAUUAUUGAAAAAAUACAUCAUUUAUUAUGUGAUUUUAUAUGGAUAUCAAACAUUACAUCUAUGAUAUAUCAUAAAAUCUAUAUAUAUAUAAAUAUUUUUAAUAAAAGUGUACAAAAAAUAAAAUUAAAUUCAGUUCAAAAAUUAUCUUGAAUAAAAUUUACUCAUAGAAGAUAAUCUUAUAUAGAAGCUGUUUAAUGUUAAAGCUAUAGAAAAUAAGAAAUGUAUUUUUCCAAAAAUUAAUCUAUAAGGAAUACAUGUAAUAAUGAUUACACUACUGUAAUAAAGAUUCAUCAAUCGUUGUUUUAAAUCAUUAUAUUCCUUCAUUGAUGAAGGAAUGUACUGCCACGUUCAAUUCAAUAAAUAAUUCUCGAAGC